AUGGGAAUCGACCUCGACCGCCACCAUGUUCGAGACGGGCACCGCAAGGUCCCUAAGUCUACCAACCCCUACGUCAGGCUGUUGGUGCGCCUUUACAAGUUCCUGGCUCGCCGUACCGAUGCCAACUUCAACAAGACCGUUCUGCGACGCCUCAUGAUGUCGAAGACCAACCGCCCCCCGGUCUCCGUUUCCAAGAUCGUCGCGAACGCCGCCAACAAGCACUCCGCCAAGGAGCACGCCGGCAAGACCGUCGUCGUUGUCGGUACCGUCACUGACGACAACCGCAUGCUCGAGGUCCCCAAGCUCUCCGUUGCGGCUCUCCGCUUCACCGCCUCUGCCCGCGCCCGCAUCGAGAAGGCCGGUGGUGAGUGCCUCACCAUCGACGAGGUCGCUACCCGCUUCCCCACUGGAUCCAACACCCUCCUCCUCCGUGGACCCAAGAACGCCCGUGAGGCCUUCAAGCAUUUCGGCUUCGGUCCCCACUCCCACAAGAAGCCUUACGUCGAGAGCAAGGGCCGCAAGUUCGAGCGUGCCCGUGGACGCAGAAGGUCGCGUGGUUUCAAGGUUUAA